AUGGCAACCCACCCCCUCCAAGCGCUAGGCGAGGCCAUCGGAGGCGUCGGAGGAGACCCACGAGCCCUACAAUUAUCGUCCCUGUUCCAAGGAGCAAAUGAUGGACCGGCCCGAACGGCUGCAAAACUGACUGGUGUUCAAGAACCUGGUAAAAGAGCUGAUGAUGGUCCUUAUUUUACGAAUAAUGAGGGCAUUCCGUUUCCGGAUGGCGCGCAUAGUAAGACGGCGGGUGAAUUUGGAGAGGAUGGUUCAUCCUUCGGUGCCUUUGGAUAUUUUGAAACAACCAAGGAUAUGUCACAUCUUACCAAGGCGGAUUUUCUGAAAUCACCCGGCCUCAAAACUCCCGUCUUCAUGCGCUUCUCAACCGUAACCCUAGGUCGCGAAUUCCCCGACCUCGCCAGAAACCCACGGGGCUUCGCAAUCAAGUUCUAUACCGGUGAAGGAAACUAUGACGUUCCCGUCUUCUUCUGUCGCGAUCCUAUCCAAGGACCAGAUGUUAUCCGCUCUCAAUACCGGAAUCCGCAGAAUUUCCUCCUGGAUCACAAUUCGUUAUUCGACUUGCUUGCUAAUACGCCAGAGGGAAACCACGCAGCUUUGAUGUACUUCAGCGACCACGGCACCCCAGUAGGAUGGCGAAACCAGCACGGCUACGGCUGCCAUACUUUCAAAUGGGUAAACAAAGACGGCACAUUUGUCUACAUAAAAUACCACUUCCUAGUAGACAAAGGCCAAAAACAAUUCACUGCAGACGAAGCCCUCCAAUUUGGCGGCCAGGACCCAGACUUCUCAAAACGUGACCUCUGGCAAGCUAUCGAAAAGGGCGAGCAGGUCUCCUGGACUGCGCAUGUGCAGAUUAUGAAGCCGGAGGAGGCGGACCCGAGGAAACUGGGGUUCGAUCCAUUUGACGUUACGAAGGUUUGGCCGAAGAAGCAGUUUCCGCUGCACAGAUUCGGCAAGUUGCACUUCAACAAAAACCCCGAAAAUUACCACCGAGAUGUCGAGCAAGCAGCCUUCUCGCCAGGAAGCAUGGUCCCCGGAAUCGAAGACAGUCCUGACCCCCUCCUCCAAUUCCGGAUGUUCUUCUACCGCGACGCGCAGUACCACCGCAUUGGCAUUAACCUGCACCAAGUCCCAGGUAUCUCUCCCUCCUACAACUAUAUACUGCUGCGCAAGUUUUUAAUCACAAGAACAGUGAACUGUCCCUUCAUGGCCAGCUCCUACUCCUCCCUGAACUUCGACGGCCCACUGCGCGUCGAUGCAAACCACGCCAUGAACCCACAAUACGCACCAAACAGCUUCGCGAACAAAUUCCGCCCCGACACAGCAGAAUGCCCCUACGCCCUAGGCGACAACACCGUUUCCCGCAAAUCGCACUUCUACCACGAGGGUAAAGCAUCUGAAUACGAGCAGCCUCGGGAGCUCUACAGAAGAGUUAUGGAUGCGAAAUCCCGCGCAAGGCUGCAUUCGAAUACGGCAAGGUUAUUGAGACUGGUUGAGUAUCAGGAGAUUGUGGUGAAGUAUCUGGUGCAGGUGUAUUGUGUGGCGGGGGAGUAUGCGAAGGGGGUUUAUGAGCUGUUGCCCGAGCCGGGAUUUGGGUUUGAGGAGGUGGAGAGGAGGGUUCGGGGUGCUGCGGGUGUUGGGAAGGAGAAGAAGUUUUUGCCGACGGAUGGGGAGGUGCUUAUGGGGACUUGUCCGAAGCAGCCGAUUUAUACAGAGGUCGAUAGGGUGUAA